UAUCGACGACGUCACUAUCCUACUCUGUCGUCGAGCAUUUUAGAUGGUUUGACAGUUCGAGCGGAUGGCGACGAGAACUGGUCGUUUGUCUUCGGACGUGGAUAAUCCUGGUUCGAAUCCCAUACCAAUCUUUACUUUUUUAUUUUUAGUUUAAUCAAUAUUGCGUUUAUUAGAUAUUAUUACAUCUCUAAAAUAAAUCUAUGCAAAGAAAUAUAUAACAAAUAAGAAAAACUGUGUAGGUACCUAUAGAUUUUUAAAAAUAUAAAAGCCAAUGUUAAUUUUUUUAAUAAGUUAAUGGUAGAAUACUAUAAAGUAAUUAAAAAUAUUCGUAAAAAAAUACCAAUAAUUAAUAUCAACAUAAUGUACCAUCGAUUUAUUAUUUGAAUCGGUCAUUUAAAAAAUAACACGAGUCACAUAUUCCUAAUUUUACAGAAGAGCAAAGAAAACUUAACUAUAUAGUCGAAAGAUGGAUGAAAUGGAUGACAUCAAAAUUCAAAGUUAUAUUGUAGUUUUGUUCCUAAUGUUUUUACUGGACUGGUGUCGUUUUUGCACACAACGUUUAUCUUAAAGGAGUCUAUUCCUCUCAAAAAGUUAGUUUCUCAAAAUUGUGGACUUUGCUGUUUUUGAAAUGACCGAUUCAAUUAUAAGUAAUUAGACAUUAUUUUUAUUUAUGAAACUAUUGUUACAAUUUUUUAAAAAAGUAGAAGCAAAACAAAUAUUAUUCACAUCAUUCGAAUAAGGACGAAUUUAUUAAUAACGAAUGACUUUUAUUUUACUAUGCAGUUCACAAAAUGUAUUCCAAUAUUAACUUACUAUACAUAGGUACUACAUUUAUUAUCUGCUAGAUUUACUUAGGUCCAUUUUUCAGAAGUAAAAAUAUCUAAUAAACGCAAUAUUGAUUAAAUAAAAAUAAAAAAGGUAAAGUUGGUAUGGGAUUCGAACCACGAUUAUCCACGUCCGAAGACCAAAGACCAUUUCUCGUCACCACCCGCUCCAACUGUCAACACAUAUUACUCGAUAAAGUGGGAUAGUCACGUCGUCGAUAUUCCCCUAAAAUUAAAAAGAGACUACCGACCAAAUAGGCUCAUUUAUCUCUGUCGCAACCGUCACCCAUUUUAAGAUCGCAGGGCGCAAUCUAGAGUAUUAUAUAUCUAUGCUUGUAACCUGCCUUCAAAUAUUUGGAAAUUAUGCAGCGGCGUUGCCACGUUGAAAACUAAAUAAUCUUUGAUAUUCGAACAUGGGGUUAUUGUGGAAAAUUUCUGAAAACGAAUCAUCACCUUCGCCGUUGGCAGGUCCAGGCCCAGGAGGUCACAAAGCCUCCUUCAAGAGCGCGAACAAGCUCGCCAGGCGAGCCCGGUCUUUUAAGGACGACUUCCUGGGGAAGAUAUCACAGAUGAGGAGCCCCGUCGGCGUAGGCGGGGCGCAGAGCGUCACGCUGCGAUCACAGAGCCCCAAGGGACCUAAGACGGUGGAUUCCCCUGAACCCAGGUUCAUAGUGAACAAGGGUCCCGUUGAAGAACUGGACGAUCUUUGGAAGCAGAUUCAGGUGGCGCUGAAACAUUUCAGAGAUGUGGUAUCGAAACAAAAACUCGAGAUGCUCCCCGGAAACGGCACUAUAGUAUUAGAUACGGUCUGGUUGAUUAACUUGGCAGUUAAGUCUUCCGUCGAGAGUACGAAUAGCGUAAAAUCGGCAACUCUACGAAUGUACCAAAGUGUAGCGAGGUUAAUUAAAUUAUGUGAUGAUGUCCUUAUCGACGACACUAGCUCGGAGUUGGAUAAAGAAAACGUCAACGAAAUCGUCCAGCAAGUCGAAGAUGCUGUUAAGGAUAUAAUAAAUUUGGUGCGAGAAAAGGUGUCCCAUCAACACGUGUCAUACAAAACUACCCCUAGAUCGUCUUAUUGCAAUAGUUUAGAAAUGCCAGCACAACGAAACUCACUUCCCGACAUUCCUUUGACUCCAAGAGAGAGGGAAAUUUUAGAUAAAAAAUCUCUAGCGCAGAACAAGGUGCGGAAUAGCCAUAGUACGGAAUCUAUAUUAAGGGACCCUAGUCCACCGCCAAAGCCACCCCUACCGGAAAACCUUCGUAAGUCUGAACCCAACAAUUGUAUCACUCCUCCACCCCUCCCGCCAAAGAAAAAGCAUUUGAAGAUGCAGCAGCUUAUGGACGAAUGUAUGUUCGUCGAUCAUUCACCUUCUUCAAAUAGUUUUGAAAGAAUAUCAUUGCGGUCUAAGUCUCCGGACGAUUCCAUUUCAAUUUUAUCGGAAAGCGCUGGAAGUAUAGACUCGAUGUUAAAUCAUUCAUCUCGAGACGAAGAUGAAAUCAAAGAUCUAAUGGACCGAGAUGACAUGUUUUUUGAAAAUCAUUCCUCGGACAUAUUUGGUGCUAAUGGUUCUAAUUCAUGGGAGGAAUCAUCCCUGAGUUCUAGUCUAUCCAAUCACAACAGCAACGGCGAUCAUCUUACAUCAGUCAACGAUUACCAUCGGCUGUCCAACACUGACUCUGGCAUCGUCUCAAUACGAUCUUCCAGCUAUUCGAGAAGCUCGCAAAUGAGUUCGAGCAGCUCGCAGUAUACUCAGGUCUCAAAGCAGUCCAGCACGCAGAAUAAAAGUGUUAAAACCGAGACGACGCUGCAGAAAAGUAUGAAGAUUCAAGAAAGUCAGUUAAAGACUACGAGCCACACAGUGAGUACCAGUACCAGUAAUUCGAUGUUAAGUAACAGCGCAAGCAGGGACGUUGUAGACUUCUCUGAUGUAGAUAUACCACCGGCGUUGCCCCAAAAGACGAAGAAAAAGACUGAAAGGCAUCCGUCACCGUACGAUAACGUACCUGAGGAAAAAAUAGGUGAAUUGUUAAUAACCUGCGAGAGGCAUCAAUCACACCAGAGUUUAUCCAGUUGUACAAGCAGUACAACUAAUAAUUGGGAUCAAGAUGCCAAACCACCACCUUUACCUCCAAAGAAAAAACACAUGUUCCAAUCAGUGGCUUACUCGGUAAUGGCCUACAUGGAAAUGUUCGGAAAUUGCUCCCACACCAACGAUCAGGAAUUCAUGAGGCACUCGGUACACAUGGUCCAAUAUACGCAACCGAUGGCAGGAGGUUUGCCGACGACGCAGUCGUGCACGUUCAGCCAAUCGCAUGCGUCGAAUCGAACGUCACAUAGCCAUAUUCAGACGUUGAGUUUACCGCCUAGAUCUGAUGACCGGUCUCCCUCGCCACUUCAUUCACCAAACCCUAUCACUUCUACUUCAAAUACUUCAUCGCUGCCACCCGCGUUACCCCCAAAACAGCGACGUAGACAUUCGACCAGAUCACCGCCCCCCACGCCGUCAUCGAUUUCGGAAUCCAAAAUUCCGUCGGCGGGGAUCAAAGUAUUACCAGAUCUUCUGGAACACACGACUAAAAGCGAAGAGAAAUCGUCGGAGAGUAGUACUCCUUCUUGCGAGGAGGAUCUACUGGAGCUAUUAAACGUGGAUCAGUAUUUGGUGUGGAAGAAGGAGGACGAGGAAGGUCCGGAUAUUAGAGGAGGACCGAUUGAUGCUCUUAUUAUACAAGCCACUAAAGCGACCAAAAACGGAGUUUUCAUGUAUCAAGAGGCAUUUUUAACUACCUACAGAACGUUCAUAUCACCCAAUGACCUCAUAACUAAACUUAUCAGGAGAUACAACAUUUUCUACUAUCAACAGGAUAAGAAACCUCGAUCUAGGGAAGCUUUUGCUUUGAUCGUACGAGUCGUCAGCGAUCUUACGAGUCUUGAUCUAGCCGAAGAUCUCCAACAGAAGCUGAUGAACUUCGUACAACAACUGAUAUCGUGCGGAGAAUUGACGUUAGCGAAGGCUUUGAGGGUGAAGCACCUUCAAAGGCACGAAGCCAAACAGCAAUACAUGAAGUACACCAAUGUCGUCACUUCGUUGUCCCUGCACAACAGGAAUUCGAUGCUCCUGGAUUUUAAAUCAGAGCAGAUCGCGGAGCAAAUGACGCUGCUUGAUGCGGAAUUAUUUAUGAAGAUUGAAAUACCUGAAGUAUUAAUUUGGGCCCAAGAACAGAACGAAGAAAGGAGUCCAAAUCUUACGAGAUUUACGGAGCAUUUCAACAAGAUGUCCUAUUGGGCACGAACAAAAAUAUUAACUGCCGAAGGAAAAGACACCAGAGAAAAAUAUUUUUCUAAGUUCAUCAAAAUCAUGAAGCACCUGAGGAAAAUAAACAACUUCAAUUCAUAUCUGGCGCUUUUAUCCGCCCUGGAUUCUGCCCCCGUCAGAAGACUGGAGUGGCAGAAGCAAGUCCAAGAAGGACUGAAGGAGUAUUGCGCCCUCAUCGACAGCUCUUCCAGUUUCCGGGCUUACAGAAUGGCCCUAGCCGAGACUCAACCCCCGUGUAUACCUUAUAUUGGUCUAGUCUUACAAGAUUUGACCUUUGUCCACAUAGGAAACAGUAAUCUUUUACCAGAUGGUUCGAUCAACUUCUCAAAAAGGUGGCAGCAGUUUAAUAUUGUAGAAAAUAUGAAGAAAUUCAAGAAGGCAACGUAUACAUUCAAAAAACAAGAAAAAAUCAUCACAUUUUUCCAAAAUUUCGACGAUUUCAUCGGAGAAGACGCUAUGUGGAAGUUAUCAGAAACUAUUAAACCCCGUGGUAAGAAGAUGCAUCACUGAGGUUAAGACUAAAAAGCAAUAUAAUGUAAUGAUUAUCCAAAUAGUGAAAUUAUUAUUAUUUUUAAGGUAAUUACGUCCCAAAACGUAUUUGUAACCUUUGGACACUAUAUUGUUACAUGCGGGAUGUAAUCAUCAAAUUGUUAACAUCAUAGAUGUUGAAACAUGGGAUAUAACGUACAAAAUUUGAUCUUAUAAACUUACGUGCAUAGAAAUCGGCCCACUUAAAAAUUUGGUCAUAGCCUGAUUAUUUAACAAUACCACUGUAAUAAUAUUGUUGCUAAACAGGUAAAUUUUCAUUGUAUACCGGGUGUACCAAUCAAACUGUGAUUUUUUCUCAAAGUUCGCAUCACCCUGUGGAAUAUUCUAGCAUAUAAAUACUGAAAUUAAAACCCAACUAUAGCCUCGGAUUUUCUUAACAUUCUGUUUUUUGAUUCAUUCGUUUAUGUUGGAUAAUAAAAAAGUUAGGUAUUUUAACAACUAGACAUGUUCUUCAUCAAUACACGGUGUUUCUAAAUGAGUGCGACAAACUUUAAGGGGUAAUUCUGCAUGAAAAAAUAAUGACGAUUGGGCUUGAUAGACGUUUGUCCGCAAAUGUUUCGUUUCCGAGAUACGGGAUGUUGAAUUUUUUCAUACAAACUGACGAUUUAUUUAUUGCUUUAAAACCAGUUGAGUUAUGCAAAUGAAAUUUGGUAGGUUUUAAGAGAUAGUUAUUGCGGAUUUUUUGACAUAAAAUUAAGAAUUUAAUAUUCACCAUUGGCGCGCAUACGGGUAAUAUGACAUAUCAUAUUACCGGCAUGUACGCCCAUGGUGAAUAUUAAAUUCUUAAUUUUAUGUCAAAUAAUCCGCAAUAACUAUCUCUUAAAACCUACCAAAUUUCAUUUGCAUACCUUAACUGGUUUUAAAGCAAUAAACAAAUCGUCAGAUUCUAAGAAAAAAUUCAACAUCCCGUAUCUCGGAAACGAAACAUUUGCGGACAUACGUUUAUAAAGCCAACUGUCAUUAUGUUUUCAUGCAGAAUUGCCCCUUAAAGUUUGUCGCACUUAUUUAGACAUACCCUGUAUUGAUUAAGAACAUGUCUAGUUGUUAAAGUACCUAACUUUUUUAUUAUCCAACAUAAACGAAUGAAUCAAAAAACAGAAUGUUAAGAAAACCUGAGGCUAUAGUUGGGUUUUAUUUUCAGUAUUUUAUAAAUGCUAGAAUAGUCCACAGGGUGAUGCGAACUUUGAGAAAAAAAACACAGUUUAAUUAGUACAUCCGGUAUACAAUGAAAAUUUACCUGUUUACCAACAAUAUUAUUACAGUGGUAUUGAUAAAGAAUCAGGCUAUAACAUGUUCAAAAAAUCACUUAAAUCGGCCAACAGGUUUAGAAAAUAUGAGACAUCAAAAAUGACCAAAAUUUUUAAGUGGGCCGGUUUCUAUGCACGUAAAUUUAUUUUAUAGCGAGAAAACUUUUUAAAAUCACUGGAACAUCCCGUUCAAACAAUUUUCAUCCUCCAUAAGGAUCUCGCAACAAAUUAGACUCGUAACUCUGUAUUACACUGAGAUAAACCAAAAACAAAAAAUUGUAUUAUUUAACAGUGUUGCCAGUUGAUAAAAUAUUCUAUACUUUCAGCAUUUUUUAUAACUCAAACAUGUUUUUGGACGUAAGUACCUUCGGCAUUUCUUAAUUUGAAUUAGUUUGAGAUUUCUAAACCAAUUUUUGGAAAAUCCAGUUUUAAAAAGUAUGAAUUAAUUAAACAAUGAAUUGGGCAUCGAAAUUUUGUUGGAAUUUCAUUGCAAUGAGUUGUAUUGUUCGUUUGCGUUUCAUGUUCGGAAGCAAAAUCACUUUUAAAUUUAUCAUUUAACAUUUUACUGACUUUUUGUCAUAAGACUGAUUGUUCUUAGUAUAUUUUCAAAAUAUAAGUAUUUGGAAUGUAACAAAGUGAACAGUGAAUCAGCAUAUGGCACUUUUUGCAUUCCAGAAUUAAGAAUACGCGAAAUGGAUGUUAGAUUUAAAUAAAAUACAUUAGUUCAGUGUACGUGGUGAACAUUUGAAAUUGACAAAAUUAUAAAUAGAUAGAAGCUUCAAUAUUUUUCUCGUUUCUUUCUUGUUUUGUUCAUUCCUUAGCCAUUUCUUUUGUCUCUGUAAUUUAUUUGUCCGUAUUUAUUAAUGUCGUUAGCUCUUCUUUUCUUCUGUUUUUGUUAUUUUUUCCUCAUAUAUAUAUUUCCUUUUAUUUUCCUUGUUAUUUCUUGUUUGUAUCUUAUUUUUCGUUCCAAUGUGUUUUUUAGGUGGUUUGGCCAUUAUUUGUUAAUGUUAUGCUUAUUUUUACAGUGACCAGUUAGUAGACUGUCGUUAAACAACAAGAAUAUUUUCAUUCGUGUUUCAAAAGUAAAUUCAAAGGAAAAUAUGGUUUUCCUUGGUUGUGUAACUUACAUUUAAAAAUUGAAACUUUGAAAUGUUCACCACAAAACAGUUAACUCUUUAGAAGGCCUAACUAAAAUAUAAGCUAACGACGUUAACUAAAAGUAAUGUAGACUGCUCCUAUGAUGUAAUAUACAUUUAGUUGCCAUAUUUUUUAGAAGGAUUUGCCACUGUCCAAUUUUUAGCUAAAUCCAAAACGCUAGAUUAAAAGCUAUGAAAACUCCAAUAUUUUGGAAAGUAUUUUAAACGUUUUAGGUAAUUCUUUUAAAAGGGUAUAUAGAAGAAUGUCUAUAUUUAGCACUUCUUUCGGUAGGAGCUCAGUUGUACACCGAAUAAAAAAUGUACCACGAAAGUUUAUCUUCGCUCACUCUGUAUUGUCCAAAUUUAUAAACAAUUUAAAGUUUUGUUAACAGAAAUAUUCCUCAAAUUUCCACAGAUCUGGGUAAUUUUUAAGUCACGUGACCGAAAUACAUCGUUCUGAUUGGUCAUAAUCACCGCAAGUGUACCAAUUUUUCCCUAAAUAUGGGUAAAUAUUGUACAAAUGAUUUUAUCGGAUUCAGGUACAACUGUGCUUCUACAAGCUUUGAGCAUGAUUAGGGAAAUUUUUAACUGAAUUCUGUCCUAGUGACAGCUAAUUUUAGCGGAUUAUAUUUUGGUAAUAAAAAAUUGUAUUUUAUUCGGCGCCAGUGUAAGUGGCCUAAUAGACCGGUCUAGUUAGACCCAAAAAUAGGUGUGAGGUUAGAAUAAUUCCCAACUAGCUGAAAAUUGGUAGGAUUGUUCAAAAUACCAUCAUGAAUGAAAUCUAAAAAGCCCUCAUCGAUCCGAACCGUAGAAAAAAAAUUACUCGGUGUCAAAGGUCACAAAAAUGGGUUUCUAGCAAUUUUCAGCGAAACGAUAAGUUUUAUCAUAAAAUUAGUUCCAACAAAACAAAUGUCUCAAUACUUUUUUCCUAACAGCAGCCGUUUUUUGAGAUUUGAGUCGUAAUCGUCAUAAUAGGUAUUAGUACACCACGUAUAUACAUCACUGAAGCUGUAAUACAAGUAAAGUCUCUACAGGUCCCUCAUUUUACAUGACAGUGUAACCUUGAGGAACAUCUCCUAUUCAAUUAUUGUCUGCGUGGCUAGGGUCGUUGGUGUUACUAUAGUAUGCGGUCUACCGUCGCGUGUCUACUAUAGCUUGGCGGUUUACCGAGGGAUGUGAAUAAAUCUUAUAAGAAAUCUUGUAAUCUAAUCUUGUAGUAAAUCAAAAAAUCUUUACAAAGUGAAUAAAACGCGACAAUCAUAAGAAUUAUUAUAUUAAUUUUACGGCUUAUUCCCAACAAAAAUAGAAAAUUGAUAUGACAAAGUAUCGAGUUGCAAAAUCAAAAUAUUAAUUCUUCUUAUUUAUGCGUUCUAUUCACUUUGUAAAGAUGGUUUUUGUGGGCAUAUACACGUUUUAUCGGCACGUCGGCUAAUCACCAUAAUCUUUUCUCAGAAGGGUUUGAACACAAUAAUGAAAGUCAACUUUGUAAGAGAGAUGUUUAUUGCUAAGGAAGAAUAAACAUUACAGUAUACAAUGAACAUUAUGCAAAUUUAGUUUAUUUGGUUUUAUAAAACAACAUUCAACAAUACAACAGGUACAUAGAAUUGUAGAGAGAAUCAACGAGGACUUUGAAAAUAAUAGGUACUGCUCGGCGGUAUUUCUGGACGUAAGUCAGGCAUUUGAUAAAGUCUGGCAUAAAGGCCUGUUAUGUAAACUAAAACAGAAUUUACCUACAAAUUACUAUAUACUCUUAAAGUCAUAUAUCACCAACAGAAACUUCCAGGUAAAGUAUGAGAAUGAAUACACAAACAUACAACAAAUUCUUGGAAGUGGAGUCCAAGGAAGUGUACUAGGACCUAUAUUAUACCUUAUAUUCACUGCUGACUUACCGACAGAUACACAUAUCACUACAGCCACAUUUGCGGAUGAUACGGCAAUACUAUCAUCGAACAAAAAUCCCAAAAUAGCCUCAGAAAUCUUACAAAAUAAUCUAAAUAAAAUUCAACAAUGGAUGACAAAAUGGAGAGUCAAAAUUAAUGAAAACAAAUCGCUACACCUAACAUUUACCACGCUUAGGGAAACAUGUCCUGCUGUAUACUUAAACGGUAAAGGUCCCACAAGGGGAUGAAGUCAAAUAUCUAGGUAUGUACUUGGACAGAAGAUUAAACUGGAGGAAGCAUAUAUUUACUAAGCGAAAACAACUGGGUCAUAAGUUAAGAACCAUAUAUUGGCUGUUGGGCAAAAAAUGAAAACUAUCAACUGAAAAUAAAAUAUUAAUCUACAAAUCCAUCCUAAAACCAGUGUGGACUUAUGGGAUAGAAUUAUGGGGAACCGCCGCACAUUCCAACAUUGAAAUCAUACAAAGAUUUCAGUCCAAAAUAUUGAGAUCAAUACUAGGAGUUCCAUGGUUCAUAACCAAUGAAGCCAUCCAUCGGGACGCCGGACUACAAUACGUCAAAGAUGACAUCAAAAAGUGCGCGAAAAAACAUACAGAGAAAAGUGCAUCCAAACGUGUUGGCAAAAAAUUUAGUGAAUAAACCGCGUACUGUUCUUAGGUUAAAACGAAAAGUUCCGUUAGAGUUAAGUGAACAAUAGGUACUAAAUUAAUGUGAAUAAGUUUAUGUCAGAAAUAGUCAGUGUUGUAGGCUAAGUUUUAAAAAAGGGGUGCAUCACUGGAUGCCUCCCUACAUGUCAUUCCUAAUUAUUGUCAGUCCUAUUACUUAUUGUCUGUUAUCUACCUAAACAUUUAGGUUUAGAUUGUAUAGAUAGAUUGUAAUAAAUGUGGGGUUAAUAAAAAAAUUGCUAAGUACGAAUAAACAUUACAGUAUACAAUGAACAUUAUGCAAAUUUAGUUUAUUUACUAUUAUGCAAAUUACAUCGUAAUCUUUUUCCAGGGUAUGCGAAAUCCUUUAGGUAGAUCCACCCUCGAGGUAUUACUUGAGAAUAUGAGAGCCAGAGUUGCCUAACUGAUUUUAACAUUACUUUACAUAAUCAAAGAAAAUGAUCAGAAGCUAACAAUGUCCGAUUGUUUUAGUAGUUUUAUGUUGACCAAAUGUCAUUAUAGGUCAACAUACAAUUACUAAAACAAUCGGACAUUGAUAGCUUCUGAUCAUUUUCUUUGAUUAUGUAAAGUAAUGUUAAAAUCAGGCCACUCUAGCUCUCCUUGCAUCAAUUAGUCUAGAGUAGGUACUACAUGGUACUGCUCCGAGUGAAAAUACGUGUUAAACCUAUAUUUACCUAUAAUCUAUAUAAUAAAAAUGUCAGAAUAUUGUUUUAUUUGUGCUAAAAUUUUAACUAGAGGUGAAAUUGUUACUGUUGAAAUUGAUGAUACGACAUCUGCAUUUUUCAGGAGGGGUAAAACAACUCUUUUAAAAUGUUUGAAAAAUAAGAUUUACUUCAAUGUACUGAAGUUUUGAAAAAACUUAAUUCAACUCCACAAGAAGUUAUUACCCACGGAAUUAGCUUUCUUCUCUCCAUGUAUAGAGCUCCUAAAAAAAUUACGUGCUUAGAUAAGUUUCGAUAUGUUUUGUAAAAGCAAGUGCAGUUAUCUUGUCUUACUCAUCAACAUCUUUUUCGGGUAUAUUACCAAGUUCAAGUGUGCAUUUGUUAUUAGCUAGACCCAAAAGACUGGGGUUGGAAGUUAGUCGACAAUUCAUUAGAACAGUUCAAACUUUACUCCCACCAUGACGAUUGCAACUCUUUCAACUUUUUUAAUCGUUAUAUCUCAAAAACGGUGGCUCUUAGAAAAAAAAGGUUGAACAUUUUUUAUAGAUAAUUAACUAAUCUACAAUUUUCGUCAAGACUAAUUUUAUGAUAAAACUUACCGUUUCGCUGCAAAUUGCGCAAACCCCGUUUUUGUGACCUUUGACCCGAGUAAUUUUUUUAUUUAUGAUGGUAUUUUGAACAAUCUUGCGAAUUUUCAGCUAGCUGCUAAUUUUUGUAACCUCGGAUGUGUAACUUGACCGGAGUAUAAAGCUAAUUUUAUAGAAUAACUACUAUGAAAUUUAUUGAAAACGCAAUUUGUGUUCGAAACAAAAAUAAUUACAAUUUGGUGGAGUAGAACUGGCAAAGGCUUUCAAUUACGUGCCAGAAUUAUUUUCUUUACUCAUAAAUACAAUUUACAAGUUUUAUAAUUCGUGGGAAGAAAGUCAGAGCUGGCAACAAUGGUGGGAGAGAGCAAAUAGAAUAUUGGCCAGUUCAAAUUGGCGAAAAAGGCACACACAAUGGAGCCUUGAAAAGACAGAAAAGACCGAGGAUAAAAAAGAGAGAAUGCACAAGACCGAUACACAUAUCAGCCCACCGUAGUUUUAAAACGUUAUGAAUAGAAAAAAAUCCAAUCAAGAAUUACACAACAGUGGUCCUUCUCGAGCCGGAUAGUCUUUCUCUCUCAAAAUAUUCACUAAUCGUGUGAGGUACUUUAAGAGAAAACAUAAUAUGGUGUUUAUUAUUGUAAAACUUGUAAAUUUUAUUGAAUUAUGAUAAAAAGUAUAGUGGAUCUUAAGCAAACUCUCAGUGAUGACAUGAGCAAAGCUACAGAAAUACUCAUAUGGCUGUUAAUCUGUUUAAAAUAGCACUGCAAAUGACUGUAUUUUUUUAGCUUGGCCAAUUGUUCUCACUCCCAAUUUACUUACGAUUCAUUAUGUUAACAAUAUUUUUGAAAAACCUCUUUCUUUUAGAAUAAAAAAACAAAUCAGUAUAUUAUAUUUAUUUUUGUGAUUUCUUUGUAUAUCGUAAAUUUAAGAGAUAUGAUUUUUUGUGUAUAAAAGUUCAAAUAAUCGCACAAUAUCUGUAUGUAACCUGUAAGUCAAUUAAUCAAAUUUGUUUGGAUCUUAUGAAAAUAUUUCGUAGUAUCGUAAACAAAAAAAAAGAGGGGUUGUUUAAUGAAACGACUUUUAUUUUUUAUUAACUUGUUCGUUAUGUCCAAUUGGAAUUGAUUUUUUGGUCACAAGAAUUACCUUUUACAGUAUCAUGUUAAAUUAGAACUCAUAUGGCAAAAAGGGCACAAAUGAACACCACUAAAUCUCACAAACGUAUAGGCCUGAUAUUAUACAUUGGUCCUUCGAGCCGGAUACUGACUCUUUCUGUUGAAAGACUCUGGUGAACGUUUGUGGUGAAAAGUAAGAAGUGUUCUUCACAAUUUUUCCAAAAUCUAAAACUCCGAUAGCUACUUCAGUGAGAUAAAUACUUUUGUAUUUUGUACUAAAGAACGCUUAAAGUAGGUAUGGUCGUUGGCGCCUAUUGUAACAGUCUGAUACGUUACGGAAUCACUUUUGAAUUCUUUAAAUAUUUUUAUAAUUAUUUUCUCUUGAUCUCUUAAUUAAUUUCUCUAAUUUUCUCGUAAAGGACUACUUACGUGACGUCACACUUCGGCGUCUACGGAACAUACUUGUUGAAUCGUUCCUUGACGUUUAAUUCGUGUUCCGUGAGAGUUUGACGUUCUUCUCUUUGAACGAGAGAGGAAUGAUCGGCAAUCGGCACUUAUCUUGUAUCUGGAUGUGAGGUUGGUAUGGUACCAUAUAAUGGCGGAUGAUUUCCAUCCAACUUAUUUUAUUUAACAUCAAUUUUAAAGUGAAAAGUUACCACCAAUGGUUGUCUGAAGUAGGGAGACAUGUGUGGGACACAACUCCUCUUGGAGCCUGAAUAGGAAUCAUCCGGUGAGGGUUCUUUUUUAUAAUAAUUUUUUGUUAGCCUUGGGAUGUUUUUUUUUGUUAUGGAAUAUUAGAAAUAUUAGUUUCAUUGUUAAAUUUCCUUAGUGAAUCCAUUAAGUGAAGUAUGUAGAUUGUUUCGAUUUUAUUUAAUAUUCAUUCAAGGGAAAUUAUAGGUAUAUUAAUGUGUUUUUGGUUUUACAUAACCAAACAUUUUUGAAGUCCUCAAAUUAAUAUUGAAAAUAAUUAUCAUUACUUCGCUGUAGGUUUUAAACUGAUUGAACAUCCAAUAGUUUUAUAAAGUCAAUAUAUUUUUAUAAAUAUCAUAUUCUCUCAGAUAAAUCAUAUUCUAUUUUCAAAUUUCAAUUUCAAAGUCAUUAUCUGUUCAUAUAUUCACACUCACAUGUUCAAGGUUAAAUGAGAUUAGUUAAUGGUCACUUUUUCAGUAUUAUUCAGUCAUAUAAAGGGUUGUCUGGAGUAGGGAGACAUGUGUGGGACACAACUCCUGUUGGAGCCUGAAUAGGAAUCAUCCGUCAUUUGGAAGAAAUGUACGUCGACCUACUUCCAGCGCACUUCACAGCCAAGUAAAGCACGACCGCCUUGUCAAAUUUUCAGAACACGAAUCAAAUUCACCACCAGAGGUGUAGAGUACGUUCCGUACACCGAAGUGUGACGUCACGUAAAUAUUUAUUUACGAGAAAAUUAGAGAAAUUAAUUGUUAGAUUAAGAGAAAACAAUUAUAAAAAUAAUUAAAGAGUUCAAAACUGAUUUCGUAGCGUCAAACCGUUACACUAUUACAAAUGCUAGAAGGAAGGAUUGGCUUUAUACUAAGUCGAAGUUAAGAAACGCAAUGCUUAAGAUGCACAUUGCACGGCAGAAAUCUUUAAGACGAAAUGGCACAUGAUAGACAGGCUUGGAGUAGGGGAUUAUAUAUAUUAGGGGAUAGUAAAACCAUCUCGUAGGAUAUUUAAAAUAUAAUUAUAUUGUAACUACCAAAGUAGAGUGCCACUUCUUCUUUAAGUGCUACCUCUGCGAUGGAGAUCGGCAAUCAUCAUGGCUAUUCGGACUGUAGAGAAGGCUGCUCUGAAAAAUUCUUUCAGAUUGCGCAGUCAUCAUAUUAUACGUUUUCUUAUGCUUCUCUGGAUCUUUACCUGCAUAAUCAGUAGAAGCAAGUUAUAUCUCUCUCCACGUGUAAUAUGUCCGAGAUUUUCUUGUUUUGAUUGUACCUAUUCAAUAUUUCCAUUUUUUAUUCAUCUUAGUCAGAACCUCUUUAUUUGUGACGUGUUCUGUCAAUGGAUAUUUUCAGAUUCUUCUAUACUCGAUUGAUUCCAGUUUUUUCAUUGGUGUCGCAUUCAAGAUCCAAGCUUCCGCUCCAUAAAACAAAGUUCCAGAAAACAUAGCACCUCGCCAACCUAGCUCUUAGCUCCAACUUUAAAUCUCUUGUGCAGGGCACUCUUCUCAUUUUGUUGAAAUUUGCUCUCUUUUUUUAUUCUGAUUUGGAUUUCCUGGAAGUAAUUAUUUGUGGAGUUGUUUCCUUCUGGAAGCCGUCCGUACAUGAUCCCCGGUCGCGCUGCAGCCUGUUGGCUUAUUGUGCUUUCUUCCGUUUGUUCUCAUGACCCACAAUUCAAUAAAGGAGUGCCCUUCUCUAGCCUGUAAAAUUCCAUUGGGUUAGUGCUAUAUGCUUUUGGACUUUGGUCCGCAGUCUCCAUAUAUUGCUUGUCUUUUGCGGUCCAGAGCCUCGCAGUCGCACAAUAUAUGUCUGACUGUCUCGGUCUCUCUAUUGCAUAAUCUGCAACUGAGAUCUCCAUUGUAUAGUCCUAUCGUGAGCAGGUAUCCUUUUACUGGAAAAUGUCCGGUGAAGAAACCUGUAGUGAUUUUGAGCUGAUUCCUUGCUGAUAUCUGAGGUAUAAAUCUCUUGGCAUUUGUUGAGUUAAUCAUUGUUAUAAAUUUUGUCUUCUUGACGUUCAGUGUUAGCCAUAUUGUUUUUCAUACUCCGCUAAUUCUAGCUAACAGUUUUUGAAGAUCUUCAAUAUUUUCUUCUUCCAUUUCAUUUACCUUUAUUCCAGCUAUUUCACCCUCAAGCGCGUUUUUCAGGAUAUCUUCCGAGUACGCAUUAAAAAUAAUUGACGAGAAUACGCAUCCCUGUCUCACCCCACGUCUAAUUUCAAUUUCCUCUGACAAUUGUUCAUUUACACGUACUUAUAGAACACUAAAUACGCAAAAAGUGUAUGCCUGUUACGAUACAUUGGUCCUUCGAGCCGAAUAAUGCGGCUUUAAGUAAAACUUUACAGAAGACUAAGUUGCUUUGGCCAACUAUUAUGAAUACAGGAAGGAAGAUGGCCAACAAAAAUUGGAUUCCAUCACUUCAAAAGCAUCCGAACUAGAUCGAGUCUUUUUAUUUUGUUUUCCACAAAUGUAUUUAUUGAAGAUUACCUAUCUUUAAUGAAGAAAUCUAGAAAUUAUUUAAUAAUAUCAUGAUACUGUUGUUGGUGACAUUAUUUUAAAACCUAUUGAUACCGGGACAAGAAUCUUUAUUAUUAAAAUAAAAUCGUUUGUUAAACAACCCCAAGAUUCGGUGGUUGUUUUUCUUCUACUUAUAUCUUGUCCGCAGAAAUGUGUGUUGUUUUAACCCAAUAAUAUUUAAAUACGUAAGUCUUAAGAGGACCGGCACAAACAGAUCUUUCAUUCAAACACAUACAUAUCAAGAUCCAGAAGACCAUAAAGCUCUUCCAGAAGUCAACUAAUUUUGAUUUUAGUUCGAGAAGAAGUAGGGAUGCUAUACUUAAUUGAAUUUCGAAAAAAUUUGCAGUUAGUUGUAACAGAUGUAAUUGAAAUCAUUUUUCGUAUAGAUUUUACACCUUUUGUUUUGGAUCUGUGCUGUUUUGCAUCUUCACUGAGAACAUUGUUUAUAAUGUUUCAUUUGUGUCGAAGUUUACAUUACGCAUGCGCAUUCUUAUGUUUAAAACUUUAAGAUUCGUUAGUUAGUUAGAAACUAUUACUAUAGUUCUCAAUCUCAUGUUAUACACAAAUGUUUUCGGAAAAAAACUACCGAGAAUGUUAAUUCCCUACAUUCUUUACCGUCAAAAGGACACGGUUGCAAAAAUUUCAAGGCCAAAUUGGACAGCAUGCUACUUAGUACAUUUACUCACGGUUUGAAUUGACCAGGUCAAUUCUUUUCGAGUCAUUUGCGAGUGAUAAUGUUCCAUUUUUCAACGAAAAAACAACGUUUUUAGACGGUGUUCCGUAAAUAACUCAAAAAGUAAGUAUUUUAUCGAAAAAAUAUUCCUAGACAAAAUAUAGGUUAUGACAAAGUGAAAAACUGUAUAUUAAGUAGAAGCAAGAGUUGUAGCUAAUGAAAAGUUGGUUCUUUCGUCACAAAUCGAAUAUUUCAACGUAAAAAAAUGAAGCACUUUUGGGGAAAACUCAUCACAAGUUUUUUUAAUUAUUUAAAAAUGCUUUAUUUUUGUUUUCUAAAAAAGUUUCUAGCGUCAAAAUAAACAAAUUAUGCUCUAAAUAAAGUUAGUUAAAGUGAUUGUCAUAAUUUUAUUUACCAAAACAAAAGUUACCAACUUUAUUUGGAGCGUAACUUGCUUACUUUUGAUGCUAGAAACUUAAAAAAAGCAAUAAUAAAGCUUUUUUUAAACAUUUUAAAAAAGGUUUUAUUAGUUUUCCCCGAAAAGUACUUCAUUUUUUGAUUAUUUAACGUUGAAUUAUUCGAUUUGGAAUUUUAUGAAUAUUUAUUUAGCUCUAACCCUGUUUCUACUGGGUAUACAGACUUCAUACAUACAUCAUUUUUUUUUUCACUUUUUUAAGCUCUAUUUUUGCUAACAGUACUUUUUUCGAUACAAUACUACUUACUUUUUGAGUUAUUUGCGGCAACCCGUCCAAAAACGUGGCGUUUUUGUUGAACAAUUAAUAUACAUAUUGAAAAAAGAAUUAACUUGGUGAAAAGACUAUAGAACAAAAGUUUCCUAGAAUUAGUCAGUUUAUCCACUUCCGGACUUAUUUUGAACGUAUGUUUUUCACCCCCGAGAAGAGGCGGUACCCAUCCCCAGGCAGAAGCACACAUCGGGACAAUAUCACUUUUUCUUUGACAUGCUAGCUAUGUGUAUGCCAAAUUUCAUGUCAAUCCAAGCGGUUCUUUAAAACUGAAAAGGUUUUGCAAUAUUUUACCGUGAGUGAAUGGAGUAACUCACGACUUGCGCGAAAAGUUAUCCAAUUUUGAGUUUCGCGCAGAGUUGCCAGAUUAUCGGGAUAGUAGUGAAUGUGGGGAAUUAUGAAAAAUUAAAGAAUUAUUAUUAAUCACAAUUAUAAUGAAUAAAUUCGAAUUUAUUAGGAACAAUUUCUAAAGUUCUAUUUCCGUAUGCUUUGAAAUGUUUCAGGUUUUCGAUUUUCACUGAUAUUAAGAAACAAAAGGUGUAUUUUCUAUAUGUGGCAUUGAGUGUUUGGAAAUCCGCUAAUUUUAUUGUCGGGUAUAGCAUAAUCAUCAUUUUAUAUUUUUCUAAAUAUACAGGAUGUUUUUUUAAGACGAAAUCUCUAAAUUAAUAUAAAUAAUUGGUAAUAUGUUUGAAAAACUUUCAAAUAUAUAUAAAAUGUGUGCUUAAGUAACGACUAUUUAUAUACUAGAGCAUCGAGUGCCAUUUUUAACGUAUUAAAAGUUGAUUCAAUCAACUUUUCGAAAUAGACAAAAAAGUGAGUAGAGUCGGUUAUAAGUAUAGGGACACAAAAACGUAAAAACAUAUCAGUAAAUUAAAGAAUUGUCGAUAACUCUUCAUAAUUGGAAGACGAAUUUUGGAAACAGAAGAAUAACAUAAGGCCGUAAAGACAAACUACGUGAAGACAAUUUCGUGGAAUUAAAACUAGUAUUCUACGCAAUCUAUAUUCUAUCGUAUUUAUUUUUUGAAAAUUUUUCAAAAAUUUCAUAUUUUGACAGACAAUCCCCUGUUUUGACAGAACCAUACAAAAACACCCUGUAUAUUUUAAAAAAUAUCGACUUUAUGCACAUUUCUGUAAUAUCUGUGAUGUUAUUUUAGUUUUUAUUUAUUUAAAUCGCAUUUUAUUGUAUAAACAAAUUCUGAUUUAAGGUGUGCCCCUCGUAUAAUUUUGCUUCAGAGAUGGGAAAGUAUGAAUUUGUAUAUUGUCUAUGUUACAAAAUAUUUCUGAAGUUAUUAUAGUUAUUAAUUUAUUAUCGAUAAUGUGCCAUUUUCCCUAAAAUUACAAAUAAGACGUAUUAGUGCUACUGAAAAUGGUUUCGUUCAAAAUGACUAGCUAUAUUAUUUAUAGUGCAAUACGAAAUAUUUUUUUGAAUUUAUUUUAAGCUGUUGUUUUCUGCUCUUUCUGAGUUAUGUUCUAGUAAUGAUGGUGAUUUAGAUGGGUAAACUGUUUAUGCAUUAGUGGAAUAGAAAUAUUCCUAGCAUCGCCUUUAGUAGCGUGAUUACGCUAAACUCACUUCAUCUUUCCUCGUUAAGAGGUCGCUAAAGGCGUGCGUUGGUAUAUUUCAAUAUAUUUACCAAGCAGUCAGUGCGUUUUGAUUCAGUUCAGUCUUCUUUCGAGCCUCUCUGAUGACGGGUAGACGUAGAAACACGUGUCAGAGAAUGGUAAGAGACUCGAAUUGAAUCGAAACGAAACCGUCUACUUUGAUUUUGUUCUAAUAACAUUUUGCUCAUCGCAUCAAACUAUUUUUUACAUUGCCUAUAUGUACUUUAUAACAAAAAUUGAACAAAUGUGCCGACAAAUUUUAGGGUACAGUCAAAAGUUUCUGUCUUGCAUUGAAAAAAAAAAUAACUUUUUUGUUGUAAAAUUGAAUUUAUUUAAACCAAGCCUUUGACUAUAAUUUUGUUGAUAUAAUCAAACUCAAUGAACUGUUUGACUCUUUGGGUAUUGAGGAAAUCCCAAAAACACUAGUAUAUGUAAUUGUUUUGAUCUCUUCUUCGUCAAUCCACGGGCGGCGUGUGAAAAUGAUGAUGUUUCUGUUGAACGUGUGGUACAUUUUUUCAUUGCUUCUUCUUCGAAUGGCUAUAGUCCAAAUUUAUUUCUGUUUCCAAUGUGGGCGAUCCUGCGUCUCUUCUGCAAGUUCUGAUAUUCAUAAAAUUUAACACGUCCACUGCCACUUUAUUUCGCCAUGUUUUAUUUGAUCUUGUGCCCUGAAUUUUAUUUGCUAGGGUUCUUCCGGAUAUUUCGUCACCCAUUCUCAUUACACGACCAGCUCAUCGAAGCCUCAUAAUCUCUUCUGGUCGGCCGCUCCACAUUUUAUUGUCUAAAUCUCUUCUGGGCUGUAUGUCGUUACCCAACCUCACUCUGUGACCAGCCCACAUAAGUCUCUUUGGGUCUAACUAAUUAAGAAAGAAAUUCUUCUUCUUCUUCUUGUACCCUCUCCUCAUCGGAUGUUAGCAAACAUCAACUGAAAUUCUUCUCUAUCUUGUACUAAUCCUCUAAUUGGGCUGACAUAGCCAUUGGCGUAAGUCUCGCAGCCAAGAGAACUUCUUUCGUCCAAUGCCUCGUCAUUCUUCGAUCUUUCUUUCAACGAUCAACUGCAAAAAACCAUACUUCUUCUUUUGGAAUCAUAAAUCUGGAUGGAUCUUUGCCUCUAUGGUGGUUGGGGUAGUUACCCCUGAUGAGGGGUUUGAUUAAGUUGAACACUAUUUACCAGACAUAUCUUUAUUUGCCAACACUAGAUAUGCCAGUAACGAGUUGGUGGACAAAAGUCUAUAUUCUAAUUACAUUGAUGGUUAAACAAUGAAUGAUGAAUAAUGAAUGAUCUCUGCUUUACUUUCUCCGUAUCUAUAAAUAAAUCGUAAUUGUUUUGUUAUGGUUUCAUACCUGAAUGUGACCAUGAAAUACUAAUAGUACAAAAUUGCUGACUCCGUUGUUUUUCAAAACGAGUGAUCUACAUUGCAGAAGCAAUGUCACCUACUUUACGAAAUCAAAACAAUGCAUGUAAAUAAUAUUUGUUUGAGACUUUUAAAAAUUAAAUCGAUAUGGAUUACUCUUAUUUUUUGAAUGCUAAUAUAAAUCCUGUACACCUGUCUGGCUAUGUUCUUCCAUUCAGAUCUCCCUGUGUCCUUCUCUUCAUUGGCUUAUACUCAUGGUUUUCAGGUCGUCUUCCACGUCAUCCGACCAUCUCGUUUUGAGCCUUCCUUUUUUUCGCCUUCCUAUCGGCUUCUAUUGUAAUAUUUUCUUUGCUGCUUUUGCAUCUUCUUCUCUCUGGGCAUGUCCCAGCCAUGACAGUUUUACAAAUCUUACAAUAUCAUACCCUUCAUUCAAUUCAUUAACCUCGUCGUUUCACCAUUCUCCAUGUGCCGUCUUAUUCUUGCACCGGGCCAUAUACUUUUUUCGGUAUCGUUCUCUAGAAUGUCCUGAGUUGGGCAUCAUCUUUUUUUGUCAUUGCCCAGGUUUCACAAUCAUUCUGUAGAUAGUCAUUUUGGUUCUUUUAUUUAAUAAUUUCGAUUUCAUCAAUAUUUUAUUAGCAUCGUAUGCACGAGUCCCACUUAAAAUAAGUGAAACAUACAAGAUAACCAUACUUAUCGCUUCUAAAGAUAUGGCCGAAAUAAGCUACUUUUCUUCGCUUAACUGUUGUCACUAGUUCCUUGUCUUUAUGCAUUAUGUAUUAUGCAGUAGCCAGACUUAUUAUCUAUAGUAGAAUAGUGUGUCUAACGUGAAAUUCCCACUGGGAUUGCAAUACGGUUGAGAUAGGAAUGCGCAUUCAGUGUUGCCACAGUUCCUGUGCGACACUCUUGAGAGACACAACUGGUGAAGACCGACAACACUGUGCGUUUAUUCCCCAUUAGAAAUGUAUUGCCCUAUCUUAGCCGUACUGCAUUCUCGGAUGAUUCUCGGUGUGAAUUUCUCAAUAAAUCCUUAAUAAAGGCGAAUAAAUCGUCGUAGUCGAAAGAUAGUUAUCGUGUUCGUAUAAACAAUCUCUCCCUCGGUCAUACAGCUUUUCCUGUCAAUAUAAAUUUGACGGUUACCAUUUUCAGUAAGAAAAAUACCUUGUCUUUUGAAUCGGUGUUGGAAAUACGAACAAUGAUAUAACCGUAUAAGCAACACCGCUCUUACAUCUUAUUUAUUGUAAAUAGACGAUGAAACAAGUUUCUUAAUGAUCAACAAAUGUUUUUCCAUGCCACGACGAAAAUUGAACGAUUUGUCAACGUGGCACGGUUGAGUUGUGACGUCAUCGUCUAUUUAAAGAGAACGUUGUAGGUUAUUUUUGGAAAGUCCCAGUUGAGAUUUUUAAAUGCUUUACUUGCAUGUAUUACUUCUGUAAUUUAUUUAAAAUUAACCUUAUUUGGUGAUUUUGUAAAUAUUUAUGUAUAUUUGUUUAUAUAUAUUUUUUGUUGUCAGUUUUCGUCUAAAUACUUAUGCUUUUUACAUUAUAUAUGUUAGUGUGAUAUCCUAUUUCUAAGUACCUAAAUACAAUGUGUGAUAAA